AUGCCAGUUCAAGUUGCCACUGGAGAUAAAAUUCGAGAUAAUGUUAUUAAAAUGUUAUAUCAAGCACUCGUUGGAAAUUCCAACGGAAGUGAUGAAUCUCAAUUAGCCGAAAAAUCAAGACUUAUUGAACAUUGUAUCUAUCGUGACUGUAACUUUCAAGUAAACAAACAUUAUAAGGAUACCGCUCGAAGUAAAGUUUGGAAUUUAAAAGAUACUAAAAAUCCCGAAUUAAGAUUAAACGUUGUUAAUGGUACAAUCGGAGAAGAAGAAUUUGCGAGAAUGGAUGCAGAAGCCAUGGCAUCUAAAGAACGUAAACGUCAAAACGUUAUGCUUCGAAAGAAUUCUCUUCGUGAUUCAAUUGCUAUUAUGGAUUUGAAACCAGUUACGACCGACGAAUCGGAUCCUGAACCGAAAACUACAAUUGGCGAUCGAACCAGUAACCGACUUUGGAGUGGAUCAGACAUUGAUGCACACGUAUAA